UGAACUGACCGACAGCUGAAGCUGUUCGUUAAAACCGGGCAUCGGCGGCGUCCGUGAACAUUCAUAACGGCAAGAGGGAGAACUUGAGAAUCAAGACGACAAAUCCAACAGGAAGCGGAAUUAAAGCAACCUUCAUUCGUAGGGACUAGAAGUGCGCUCGGAUUUUGCAUUCUUAUCUCAGCGCCUUUGUGUUCUCUCUGGUGUCACUGUGCGCUCCACUAAUAAUAUACAGUGUCGGCAAUACUCAGAUUUGUAUCAGAGAGCGAGUUUCUGAUCCACUCUGCGUCCCAUUCCCAAUGAACGCAACGCACUUGGAGACUGGCGGCAGGCUAAGCAUGGGAUUACUUUUGUGAUGUGGAUUGUAAUAGCCCUGGAAGAGAAAUUUGAUUUACUUCUCAACAAUGUGAGAGGACCUGCGUCCUGGAUUCUCAUAUUUCUGGAUAUUCUGAAAAUAAUCGGCAACAGCUGAGAGACGCUAUAACAUACUUGCCGUGGAUCUCAAUCUCUCUCUCUCUCUCAGGUGUCUGCAUGCGUGUUUUGGGACCAACAUGGGAUUCUUGUUGCCCUAUAGGUCGGACCCCUUGUGAAGAAGCCUUUACCCAUGUCUAACUUGCUUUCUGAGACCUUUACCAAUGCGUUUGCUAAAGUCCGCCUAUCAUCGGAUAGGGUUUUAAAAAGAUUUAUUCGCCUUAUAAAUUCAAUCAUGAACUUUGCCGUUCGCGUGCUCCAGUUAUUUCUUGUGACGCUUCUGUAUUUUUCAGCUGUCAAGAGUGCCUACAUACCCAGGGAGGAAGGCAGAAGCACAUAUGACGUGGUGCCAUUCAUGGAAGUGUAUAACAAGUCUCUCUGCCGUCCUCGGGAAGUGCUGGUGGAAAUUCAACAGGAAUACCCUGAUGACACCGAGCACAUCUUCAUCCCGUCCUGUGUGGUUCUCACCCGCUGUGCUGGAUGCUGCAACGAUGAGAUGAUGGAAUGCACCCCUAUCGUCACAUACAACAUUACCUUGGAGAUUAAAAGAGUGAAACCGCUCCGUAAUCAGGUUGACUUUUUCAUGAGUUUUGCAGAACACCGUGAAUGCCAGUGUCGGGUGAAAAAAGAUAUUCUGGAGAAAAGAGAAAAAAAACCCCGGAAGGGCAAAGGCCAAAAGCGAAAGAGAAAGAAAAACCGUGAAAAAAAGCGGGAUUUUAGUCAGUGUGAGCCUUGCUGUUCUUCGUGCUCUGAAAGGAGAAGAAGGUUGUUUGUUCAAGACCCCGAGACGUGUCAGUGCUCCUGUAAACACUCUGAAGCCGACUGCAGGUCUAGACAACUAGAACUCAACGAAAGGAACUGCAGAUGUGACAAACCAAGGAGGUGAACCGAACCGAACUUGAGAAUGGACUCUGACAUGAAGGAAUAUUUCACAAUAAUUCACAGCACUUUGAACUUUCAGCUUUGAACUUUGCUCUCAUUUUUCCGUCCCGGAGAUAUUGAGCGAAUGAAGUGAAGGGGUUCGGGGGAGGUGGGGGGUUGACAGUCAAUGAAAUGUUCUCUCUGUAUAUGUUCAUGAUUUUCAUGCGUGUGCGUUAAGCGAAGCGAGAGACUGAAGGCACAGGAUUUGAAUUGCUGCUAAAGGGUCUUCGGAAAAGACCUGCGUAAACGUUUCUGAUCUCGGCUGGCGUGUGCGUAAAGUCGUACUCAAAAUCACUCAAUGAGACACAUCACUGGAUUUGGGUCUGCUGUGCAGUUUUUCAUGUGAAUCUAAAGUGCAAAC